GUAGAUUAUUAUAGGUACAUGUAGUGUAGUGGAAAGAUUGGAAUAUUUUUAAGGAACAAACUGCAUUGAACAAGCUGAAAAUAAUCAUGAACAAAGAUUCUCCUAAAAUAGCUGUCAUAGGGGCUGGGAUCGUCGGUCUAACGACAGCAAAAUUAAUACAAGAAGAAUUAAAGAAAGCGAGUGUAACACUAAUCGCUGAAAAAUUUCACCAAGAAACCACGAGUUGCGUGGCUGCCGGUAUCUUCAGGCCAGGAACAAGUUUCAGGGGAGCCACACCGGAGAUAACGAAGAAAUGGGUCAACGACUCGUGGCAUUACUGGCAAGAAAUCCUGAAAAGCUCAGAUGCUGUCGAUGCGGGCGUUAUGGGUUUCGACAGUUACAUAUUUUCCAAAGACAAUUAUUCCGUCACUCGAAAUCAUCUAAUCGAGGAUCUCGUUCCUACUUACAGAUCAGUGGACGAAGAUGAGUUGAAACUAGUUGGAGGUAAUUGGAAGUACGGUUCCUACUUCUCAACGCUGAAAACGGGAUGCGAAAAACAUUUACCUUGGCUAGAGCAAAUCUUCAAGAGCAGAGGGGGCGUGAUUGUAAACGAUAAAGUCGACAGUUUCACAUCACUAUCAAAGUACGAUUUAGUUUUAAAUUGCACUGGUUUUGGCGCGAAAUACUUGUGCAACGAUUACAAUUUGGUGCCGAUGCGCGGACAGGUGGUAAAAGUUCGCGCGCCUUGGUUAAAAUUUGCGUUUUACGGUGAUUAUGACACCUACAUAAUUCCUGGCUUGGAUGGGGUGGCAACUCUUGGCGGUGUGAGGCAGUACGACAGUUACAAUUUGGCGGUUUGUAAGCACGACACCGCCGCCAUUUUGGAACGUUGUUACGAAAUGUUGCCGGGGUUGAAAAAGGCUGAGAUUGUGGAGCAGAGGGUGGGUUUGCGGCCCCACAGGAUGCCUGUGCGCGUGGAGCCCGAGAUGGUGGGUGGUUUGAAGGUGGUGCAUUGUUAUGGACACGGAGGAUAUGGAGUCAUGUGCGCACCAGGCACUGCUAUGAAUGCAGUUGAGUUGGCUGUGAAUCUUCUUAAGGGAAACAGUCGGGCGCAUUAUUAAUCUUUUUAUUCAAGUAUGUGAUAAUUGCUUGAUAAGUCUUAACCUAAACCUUGGUCUAAACAUUCAGGUGCACAGCAUUUAAUUGCGACAUGCAAUAGUAGUAGGGAAUUACCUUACAUUAUAUUCAGUAGUAAGUAACACAUUUUAAUAGGUAAUAACUAGCUGACCCAGCGAACUUCGUACCGCCAUAAAAAUUGGGGCUGGUAUUAGAAGGGUGAAAAUUUAAGGUUGUUUGUAUUUUUAAUGCCACAUUAUAAAAAAAUAA